AUGUCCAUUCCUCCAGCUUUCCCAGAUAUCUCCAAGAACGUCAACAACCUCAUCAACAGGGACUUCUACCACUUGUCCAAGGCCGCCCUUGAUGUCAAGACUAAGGCCCCAAACGGUGUUGCCUUUGCCUUCAAGGCCAAGACCGGUAAGGAUGAUUCCAUCUCGUCCAACAUCGAAACCAAGUUCACCGACAAGGCCAAUGGUCUUACCUUGACCCAAGGCUGGAACACCGCCAACGCUUUGGACACCAAGGUUGAACUUGUCGACACCUUGUCUCCAGGUUUGAAGGCCGAAGUGUUGACUUCGGUUGUUCCAAACGGUUCUAAGGCUGCCAAGUUGAACUUGUACUUCUCGCAACCAAAGGUCAAUGUCCGUGCUUUCUUCGACCUCCUCAAGGGCCCAACCUUUGCUGGUGACUUCACCGUUGGCCACGAAGGUUAUGUUGCUGGUUCCGAAGUUGGUUAUGACAUCAGCGGCGGUAAGGUUACUCGUUUGGCGGUUUCCACCGGUUACAUCCACCCAACUUAUGCGGUUGGUGUCAAUGCCAGCAAGAACUUCAGCGUGUUCACUGCUUCCUACUUCCACAAGGUUUCUUCUUUGGUCGAAGCCGGUGCCAAGGCCACUUAUGACGUUAACGCUGGUGCCAGUAAGCCAGUCGGGGUUGAAUUUGCCGCCAAGUACGCUUUGGACCCAACUGCUUUUGUCAAAGGGAAGUUGGCCGACUCUGGUUUGGCUGCCGUUGCCUACUCCCAACAAUUGAGACCAGGUGUUACUCUUGGUGUUGGUUUGGGUUUCGAUGCUUUGAGAUUGGCUGAACCGGUCCACAAGAUUGGUUUCAGUUUGUCCUUUGCUGCCUAA